AUGACGGACCCAGACCUCAACAAUAAGCUCGAUAGACUACUCACUCUAUUGGAAGCACAGCUAGAGCUUACCAGACAGGGUCAUCGAGAGGAACGAUUACAACGAGCUCAACUGAGCAGGGAGGAGACAAUGGACCUCUCUCACUCAGAAGACCAAGCAGGAGGAGGAGAUGAGUCUAUGAUAGGAGACCCACAUACUCCUACUCCAGCUCCACGACCAAGACGAUCAGUCUCAUUCAACCUGGAUGAGCAGGAGGACAUCAACUAUGAGAAGUAUGCUUCACCUACUGGGCCAAGAUAUGUCAAGACUAAGCUGGACCCCUACAGCAGGACUAGGACGGACCCUUACCCCCUGGACCAUGAGGAGGAUACCAGCAUCAUGGCAGAGCUUAACCGGUCAAAGCCCAUCGCCACCCCCUUUCCAAAGUUCAAUCCCCGAGACAUGGAGAUCUUCAUUCUAGAAGCCGAAGCAUGGUUUAAGUUCAACCAGGUGUAUGAGCAGUCUAGGAUGAUCAAUCACAUGGGUGCUCAACUGGAAGGGACAGCAAGAGAGUGGUGGACCUCCAAGCUCCGUAUUGAUAGAGCUAGAGAAGGAAGGUUGUUCAAUGAUUGGCACUACUUCACAGAGCGACUGUCAGAGCAGUUCAACCCACGCAAUGCUAGGAUGGAGGCAUACAACAAGCUGUUGGCUCUCAGACUCACAAGUGAUGCUCCUGGUGCUGCCACACGUCAUGUAGAGCGGUUCAGAGACUUGGAAGGACAGGUCAACCUAGAUGACAAUGAGCUAGUGAUUGAUCUCUUCAGAGGUAGUCUCACUCGUAGCAUACAGGAGAAGUUCGAGAGGAAUCCACCUGGGAAGAGAUGGGAGUGGUAUCGAGAGGUUGAGGAGAUCGAUCGACAGAGGAUGCUACUACAGCAUGGAGGCAAAGCAGUACUGGAGCUCUCUGGAAUGGUUCAAGACCAUCCUGCUCGGAUACUAGCUGAUACCGGUGCUGGUUUGUCCAUAGUCUCAGAUUCUUUCAUUAGUAAGUACCAAAUACCCACAAAACCCAUAAAAACAAGAUCGAUCCAUGGUGUCACCGGGCACCAACUCUCCAUCAAUAGUUCUGCGAGCAUGCAGGUAUCUAUUGGUACGCACAAUCUGGGUGUGGUCGAAGCUUCAGUGGCCGACACUGCGGACUAUGACCUCAUCCUGGGGUUCACUGAGCUACGGAGGCUCAAACCCACCAUACAAUGGGAUACGGGCCAGCUGGAGUUCAAGACUCAGGAGCAGGACCGACCCCCUAGGAGACCCCCUGAAGCAGCAAGAGCAGGGGACCUAACCAUGAAGAGACCAACCCUUCAUGGUAACGAGUUUGUCUCAGCAGAGCGCAUACUACGAGCAGCUCUGGAAGAUGGACCCAUAGGGUUCAUGCUGUUAGAGGAGCCACCAUCAUCACUCCCGGCCUUUGGUUUUGUACCUACAGGCGCAGACAAAGGAGUCGAGAUGGAGGUGGAGGUAGAUAAGGUGGUGACGGCUGCAGACAUACCAAAGCCAUACCAACACCUGCGAGAUGUGUUUGAUGAGGUGGAAGCAGACAAGCUGCCCCAUCAUACCGAGCAUGAUCUCCACCUCGAGUUGAUAGAAGGAGGGAAGCCACCUCAAGGGCCCCUAUACCUUAAGGGACCCAAGGAGAUGUCCGAGUUGAGGAGGUACUUGGAUGAGAACCUCGAGAAGGGGUUCAUAAGACCAUCGAAGAGCCCGGCACGAUCACCAGUGCUCUUCGUACCAAAGAAGGAUGGAGGUCUCAGACUCUGUGUGGACUACAGAGGUCUCAACGAGAUCACUGUCAAGAACAGGGCACCAUUGCCCCUCAUCGAGGAGCAGCUGUUCUUACUCAGGAAGGCAAGGAUCUAUACCAAGCUAGACCUUAGAGCAGCAUACAACCUCAUCCGGAUUGCUAAAGGAGAUGAAUGGAAGACAGCUUUUGGCACUCAGUUGGGACUCUAUGAGUACCUAGUGAUGCCCUUUGGCCUAGCCAAUGCUCCGGCUCACUUCCAGUCAUUCAUCAAUGACAUCUUCCGAGACAUCAUUGGAGUAUAUGUAGUGGUAUACUUAGAUGACUUCCUGAUCUUCAGCGACACUGAAGAGGUACAUGUGAAGCAUGUCACCGAGGUCCUCACUCGCUUAAGGAGCAACAGGCUCUUUGCUAAGCUGUCGAAGUGUGAGUUCCACACCAAGACAGUCGAGUUCCUGGGGUACAUCAUCAAGCCAACGGGCAUAGAGAUGGACCCAGAAAAGGUGCACACUGUCAAGGAGUGGCCAAUGCCAGAGUCAAUCCAUGACAUCCAGAGGUUCCUGGGUUUUGCCAACUUCUAUCGAAGGUUCAUAGCCCACUUUGCUCGCAUAGCCAAGCCCUUGACAGCACUGGUAAAGCCUAUAGAACGGUUCAAGAAGUUCGAGCUACCAGAGGAGGCCCAACAGGCCUUCCACAAGCUCAUCCAGGCCUUCACAUCAGCAGGAGUGCUUCAGCACUUCGACUACCACCUUCCAACAAGGUUGGAGACUGAUGCAAGUGACUUUGCUAUAGCAGGAGUGCUCAAGCAGGAGCAUGAAGGACGAUGGCAUCCAGUGGCCUUCUACUCUAGGAAGAUGUCUUCUGCCGAGAAGAACUAUGAGAUCCAUGAUAAGGAGCUCCUAGCUGUGGUCGCCUGCCUCACUCAGUGGCGACACAUGCUAGCUGGACUACCGAACCAACUGGUCAUCCUCACUGACCAUGAAGCCCUCAAGUACUUCAAGUCACAGAGACGCAUCACAGGUCGACAGGCUCGAUGGGCCAUACUACUAGCAGACUUCGACUUCAUAUUGCAGUAUCGACCAGGAGACAAAGGUGGUGAACCCGAUGCUCUCACCAGAAGGACAGACAUGCAACCAGCUGGUGAAGAGCAGGAUCACAAUGUGAGGCAACUACUGCCUCCUCGAGUGUUCAAGGAGACAGCAGACCAUGACUCGCUCCUAGUGGCCCCCAUGAUCUCGAUGGAGUCCAUAGCAUCAAAAGGUCUCAAAGACCUGGUCAAGAUCUUCCAGCCUUUAGACCAAGAGCUACAGGAGAUACAUAGGAAGAAGCCUUUCGAACUCAAGGAUGACCUAUGGUACAGUGGAGGAAGGUUGGUUAUCCCCAAGGUGAUCAUGCCAGGGAGGACCAACAACCGACACUCAAGGAGUGCCAAAGAGGUAGAUGGACAGUCUCUCUCUGUAGAGCAUCUGCGAUUCAUGGUGAUGACCCAAUGUCAUGAUGGUAUCACUGCUGGACACGUAGGAAGAGAUGCUAGCUGUCAGGGGUCUCGCGCCUGA